UCCUUUUUUCGCUCUUUCAUCCAUUCUUAAUAUAUUCAUCAUCAAAACACCUUGUAACAAAUUCAAUCUUGAAUGCCGGAAGACGAACAAAGAGUCACAAUGUCAUUGGGGGAGUCACCGUCUUUGCCUCCAAAACACAACAAUAAUUCGGACCCAAAUUUCUUUUCAACUUUUCCAACCGCUGAUGACGACUUUAGCAACCGUCCUAGCAACUUCUCUGGCUACGACCAUAAUCGUAUGAGUAGUGACGCUUCACCCAUUUUGAUGUCACCAUGGAACCAAAGCUCUCCAUUCCAUGCAUCUCCUUGGUUUGGUGGUGUAAUUGAUAGUUCAAGCCACCACAAGAAUGAAGAACAAAAAGAUAGGGAAGGACUCGUCGGGUCACUUUUUCGGGAGGAAGGCCACAUAUAUUCCCUAGCCGCGACUGGCGACUUACUUUACACCGGAUCCGACAGUAAAAACAUCCGUGUAUGGAGGAAUUUGAAGGAGUUCACCGCGUUUAAGUCCAGUAGUGGGCUUGUGAAAGCGAUUAUCUUAUCUGGUGAUCGUAUAUUCACCGGCCAUCAAGAUGGAAAAGUACGAGUUUGGAAGAAAAGCCGAAAAGAUCCAAGCAUCCAUCAACGUAUCGGAACAUUCCCAACGUUUUUCGACAUUUUAAAGUCGUCAAUGAGGCCUAAAAAUUACGUUGAAAUAAAACGAAAGUGCACAACACUUUGGAUGAAACAUUGUGAUGCGAUUUCUUGUCUAAGUAUUGACGAAGAAGAAGGUCUUUUAUAUUCGGGCUCAUGGGACCGGACAUUUAAAGUUUGGAAAAUAUCCAACUCUAAAUGUUUAGAGUCAGUAAAAGCACACGAAGACGCUGUAAACAGCGUCGUCAUGUGCAAAAAUUCCAGACUGGUGUUCACUGGAUCCGCAGAUGGAUCCGUGAAAGUCUGGAAACGUGAAGGACAAGGAAAACAAACAAAACAUAACCACGUUGAAACUUUGUUAAAUCAAGAAUGCGCGGUGACGGCCUUGGCCGUGUCGGAAACCGGUUCUUUUGUGUAUGCCGGGUUGUCGGACGGGUUGGUUAACUUUUGGGAAUGGGAAAAACAGUUAUCUCAUGGUGGUCUUUUGAAGGGACAUAAAUUGGCUGUUUUGUGUUUAUCGGCAGCUGGAAACUUAUUGUUUAGUGGUUCGGCUGAUAAAACAAUAUGUGUAUGGAAAAGAUAUGGGAGUAUGCAUAACUGUUUGUCGGUGCUGACGGGGCAUACCGGACCGGUGAAGUGUUUAGCGGUGGAACGGGAGACGAAAGGGAGUUCCGGUGAGUCGAAAUGGGUGGUUUAUAGUGGUAGUUUAGAUAAGUCAGUAAAGGUAUGGAAUGUGUCCGAAAAGGCUCCGGAGAUGCAACAACAAAUGAGUAUCUUGCCUUAUGUUAGAUCUUGAUGUUUGAGAUUGAAUUGGUGAUUAUUAGUUUGGUUUUGAACA